GUUUAUUUAAGUUCGUUUUAUCAAGCUGACCAGUUACCUCUUGUCAAAUUUUUUGUUGGGGAAGGAACCAAGCCGGCAGACUCAAUAAUGUCUAUCACCCUGGAUGAAAAGACAUUCGGCCUGGCCACCAAUCCGAUUACCCAAGCCCGCGAAAUGGUCCGCAGCUUCACUUUGAAAAACGCGAGGGGAAUGUCCGUCUCCUUGAUCACACUGGGAGCCACCAUCCAGAGCGUUUCCCUGCCGGAUGGCAACAAGAAGGUGGACGACGUGUGCCUGGGUUUCGACGACGUCGCCGGCUACGUGGCCAACAAGGCGGCCUACAUCGGCGGAACUCUGGGCAGAGUGGCCAACCGGGUGGCCAACGGCGAGUACUCGGCCGGCGACGACACGACAAUCCAAUUGACAAAAAACGCCGAGAAUCAAUUCCAACUGCACGGUGGUUUCGUGGGCUUCGACAGCGUCAUUUGGGAAACAGUUCAGAAGUCGCCGGAUGGGGUGAAAUUCCAGCACAUAUCGGACCAUGGCCACGAAGGAUAUCCAGGCACUCUGACGUGCUUCAUCACCUAUCGACUGGACAACGAUAACCGUUUGUCGGUCACCUUUGAAGCCACCACAGAUCGCCAGACGGUGGUGAACCUCUCGAACCACGCCUACUUUAAUUUGGCAGGACAUGGAGCCGGAGCCAAAGGACUCGCGGAGCACACUGUGGAGAUUGCCUCCGGGGAGAUUGUGGAAACGGACGAUUCUCAGAUCCCCACUGGAAAUUUGACUCUUGUAAAUGGCACCCUCUUCGAUCUAAGAUCUCCAGCAAUAUUAGGCGAUCGCCUUAAACUGUUUGAAGAUCGGUUGAUUAAAGGCUACGACAAUUGCUAUGUGGUCAACGGAGGCCAGCUGCUAAGAUCAGUUGUCAAGGUGGCCAAAAUCAUUCAUCCGCCAACUGGUCGAGCAUUGGAAGUCUGGACCGAUCAGCCCGGCAUGCAAUUUUACACUGCAAACAAUAUGGGAACUAUAACCGGAAAAAAGGGAGCUCAGUAUGUAAAACAUGGUUCAUUUUGCGUUGAGACUGAGAAGUUUCCCGACGCCAUGAAUCACCCGAAUUUUCCAUCAAUCAACUUAGAACCUGGUGAAAGUUAUAAGCACGAAGUUGUGUAUUGGUUUAAAGUCGAAAAGACCUGUAGAUGCUGCUAUAGAAAUAAGGCCUGAUCUCUCUUAAAUAAAGCUGGUUAAGUCCAUUGGUUCCCAACCCCUAAAA